AUGGUACGUGCUAUGACAUGGUACGUGCUGUGGCAUGAAUGUGUUGCUUGUGGGCUGUGCUCUGAUAUGCACCCACCAUGCGCCAUGCCAUCACAUCCCAUCCUCCCAUCCUCCCUUUCCCCUUCCCCCCAGCUGGCACGGACAAGCGGAGGUUUGGUAGGGGGAGCCAACCCGCCUGCAUGGGGGCGGGGGGAGAGGGAGCAGCGGAAAGCAGAGCUGAGGAGGCGGAGAAGCCGCCUCACUGUGUACAGCGUGUUUGGGCAGGAGGAGCGGGAGGAGGGGGAUGGAUACGGAGAAAGGGAGGAGUGGGGAGUUGGAAGGGAAGUUAUGGCUGUUGGCCAGAAGGGGAAGGGUGGAGGUGCGGGUGUGGCGGUGGCGGCAGGGAAAGGGGUGGUUGCUGCGAAAGCGGGAGGGAAGGGAGGGAAAGCGGGGAAGGAUGGGGUGUCGAAGCGCGAGAGAGCAAGGCAGAGGAUUGAGAAGGAUCUAGAUGCAGCUUUGCACCGAGCUGAAAUUGCUCCACUUGUGGUCCACACGCUUCCAGACUCACUGGGACCUGCCGAACCAGAUACCCUAGGCUCGGUCAGGCGUGACGGUCUAGGUUCGGCAGGCAUAGAUCCGAGCCUGGUGGAUGACCCCGAUCCAGAUUUCUUGGCUGGGGAAGAGGGUGGGAUGGGCGGCGGAGGGAGGUUCGGGGGAAGUGUUGGGGAGAUUGGGGAGGAGGAGCAGGAGGGGGUGGAAGAUGAAGAGGAGGAAGAGGAGGAGGAGGAAGAGGAAGAGGAGGAAGAUACUUUGUCAGAUAUAGAGGAUCACGAGGUAACGUCUCAUUGGUCUAUGUUGGUGUGUUUAAAGUCGACUCAAAACACAGAAGAGGAGGAGGAAGAGGAAGAGGAAGAGGAAGAGGAGGAGGAAUAUACUUUGUUGGAUAUUGAAGAUCAUGAGGUCGACGGGUAUCUUCUGGGAGAGGAGGAGGUGAAGCUGAAGACGCUGAUAUGGACGGAGAUGAACAAGGAAUAUUUAGAAGAGUUGGAGCAGAAGCAGGCGGCACAGCGGGCGGCAGAGGACCAGGUGGCGGCGGUGGCGGCUGCAGCGGCUGCAGCGGCGAGCAAAUGUGGUGCCGGGACGUCGGCCCGUGCUGCUGCAGCCGCCGCAGCUGCUGCUGCAGUGCUGCAAAAGUGUCGCAGCAGCGCUGCAGCAGUGGCGGGCAAACGUGGUGCAGUGACGUCAGCACGUGCUGCUGCGGCAGCGCUGCAAAAGUUGUGCCUUGUUGUGUUCUAG